GGCGCCGCCUGGCAGCCAGCAGACCUCCGCAGCCGGUGGAGACGCCUGGCACGGCGGAGCGGGACGGAGAAUAGUUGAUAGAGGAGGAGGAAUACUACGGUCGCUGCGGCGACUGACAUGGCUGAGAGCGCCACCGGCGCCGCCGCCAGCUCAGCCGACUCGGCCGCCGCCAACGAGGGCAGACUGGGUGAGAGCGUCGCGCCGGUCGAUGGCGCUGGGGAGACCGCCGACGCCGACAGAGCCGACGGGUCAGAGCAGGUGGGUGCCGCCAGCGAGCAGGGCCACCGCCAGGAGCGCGGCGCCACCGGGGACGACGGAGCACAGCCGCCUAUAGCGCCACAGGAGACUGAGAAGGAGCAGGAUCCACUGGAGCAGCAGGAGCUAGACGAGGCGCAGCUCUCCCCUGACUCGGACGAAGGUGAAGGAGUGAACAAGGAGCUGCCCGACUGCAAGCUCAAACGCACCUACUACUGCAAGAAGUGUCCUUUUACCACGCGAAACCCGCGUGAAUUUCUGUAUCAUCAGAAGGACGUGCACAGCAUACGCCUUCAAAUCAACGAGUGUCCUCACUGUAUAUACGCCUCAAGGUGUAAACUCAAACUGAACCGUCACCUGCGCAUGGUUCACGAGGACGCGAAGCCAGCGAAGAUGGAGGAAUCCCAGGAAAAAGGUCCUUUGACCAUCGUCAGCGAACCUUCGCCCGUCAGAGAAGAAGAGGAUGAAGAGGGCAUUGAAGAGGAGGAGGUCGAGGAAAGUUUGUACUCGUUGAAGGACUACGGAGACAUGGACGGGGAAAUUCUGAAAGAGGAGGACGUCAGGGAUGAACCCCAAACGAGCCGCUCCUCCAAAUCGCGCAGCGAGCUAAAGAAGAAGUUCUACCGCUGCUCAAAGUGCCAAUACAUGACGCACAUCAAAUCGCGUUUUACGAAGCACGUCAAGUACCACUCGAUGCCGAUGAUCAAGUGCGAGCUGUGCGAGUUUCGCACACCGUACAAGUGGAACCUGGACCGGCACAUGAAGAAUCACACUGGCAGCGGCGAGUUCCAGUGCAACCAGUGCAGCUUCUCGGCGCACAUCAAGCAGAGUCUGACGGUGCACAUCCAGAACCACCACCUGCCGGCCAGCCAGGUGCUGGAGAAGCUGCGCGCCAAGUGCAACGUCGGCGGCUCGGACGCCAUGGACCACAGCGGCUCCGAGGAGGUGCUGGAUGUCGACGAGGAGGAGCUCCUUCGACUGGAGCGCGAGGAAGAUUCCGAGGACGAGGAGACCGAGAAGGAGGUCAGGUCCAAGGAACCUGCCAAGCCCAAGGUGAAGCCGACGGCACGCAAGACGGCGCCGGCCAGCCGUUCGAACGCCGACUCCGCCGAGCGUCACGACUUUGACAAGGACUUUGUUCACCCUGACGACGUGGUGGAGAGGAACGGCCGCGUCUACAUCAAGGACCUCAAGUGCUCGGUGUGCAGCUACAAGACGCUGUACGAGAAGGACUUGCUGCGCCAUGAGUACUCCCAGCACGGUGUGGUGCGUAACGGCAUCAUCCCUCCGGUGUUCACCCCGCCGCAGAAACCGUCUCCGGUGGCGGCGCCCGGCCGCACCGGGGCCGCCACUGCCACUUCGGUGGCCUCCACUGCCUCGUCCACAGCCGUCUCGCCCGCCUCCUCGGCUGCUGCCACCUCCGGGUCUUCGUCCGCCACCGGCUCCUCCUCGACAGAGAAGCCGAAGCCGAAGCGGCCCCCGCCGAGCCUGAUCCCGCUGCAGGGCCGGCAGGACAAAGACGGCGAGGGGGCGGCCGAGGCGGCCGAGGACGCGCCUGCCGACGGCGACUCGCCCGAGGCCGUGGCCAUGAACGAGCGCGCCGAGCGGGCCGCCGAGGAGUUCCUGUCGGCCCGCUCGGACGGCGCCGGCCCGCAGUCGGUGCUCGACCGGCUCUUCACACAGAAGAUGGCGGCUGCUGGGGCCAGUGACACGACCAAGGCGGACGAGCCGAAACUGGCGAGCGGCGAGCGGCAGGCGUCGCGACCGACCUCGACCCGAUGUCAAUACUGCCGCCAUCGGUGUAAGACCACCGACGACCUCCGCACCCAUCAGAAGAGCUGCCCGGAGGCCCCGGCCUCCGCUGCCACCGCUGGCGCUGAGGCCGACUCUCAGAAGCAGGUGUUUGUGUGGAACUCUGCCUCCGGGAGCGGCGACGCCCCGUCGGAGGGCAGCGCGCCGGCAGUCAGGGAGGGCAGGACGGUGGCCGAAGCGGCCGCCGAUGACGAGGGUGGCGAUGCGUCUCACGCCGACAACGGCUCGCCUCAGACGCGCUCGCACGGUCCCCCAACUCGGGGCGACGGGGAGGCCAAGCUGGUCACCCGGCGCGUGUUCAAGUGUCCGAACUGCACGUUCUGGGCCACCACGGCGUCCCGGUUCCACGUGCACCUGGUCGGCCACAUGAACAUGAAGCCGUACGAGUGUACCGAGUGCGGCUACCGCUCCAACUGGCGCUGGGACAUCACCAAACACAUCAAACUCAAGUCGGCCAAGGACCGCAGCCACCUGCGCGCCAAGCUCUUCAUCAACGACGGCGGCAGCACGCGCGACUACGACAAGUACGACAUCUACCUGGAGUAUAUGCAGGUGGAGGAGGGACUCCAGUGCAAGCCCCAGAUCAGCUCCUCGGUGCGGAAGCGCAGCAGCCCCGGCUCGCUGGGCCCGCAGCCGGGCUCGUCGCCGCUGUCUGCGCCGUCCGUGUCGCCGCGGCCGCCGCUGCCGCUCCGGCCCGGGGUGCCGGUGCCGCCCAAUGUGACGGUGCGCAGUCCGUUCGGCAGCACGCUGCCGCUCUACGAGCCGCCGCUGAUCGGUAACCCGCCGCUGGCCCGGAUGCCGAUGCCGCCGCGACUGACGCGCGCGCCGCUGGGCCCGGCGCGGCCCGGCGCGCCGCCGCCGCCGUUCCGUCCGGCGGCCGCCUUCAAGCAGCCGGUGCUGGACCUGCCGUUCGCGGCGCGCGGCGUGCUGCUGCCGGGGGUGCGGCUGCCGGGCGUGCCCGUGAGCGGCGUGCCGGGCGUGGUGCGGCCGCUGGCGCCGGCGCCCUCGCUGGAGUCGCUGAAGCGGAUGGACCCGACGCUGGCCGCCAUGGGCAUCACGGACGAGAACACGGCCAUCGUGAUGCCGGAGCCGCCGCCGGACGCCGCUGCCGGACAGGGCUCGGGGCAGGGCGGCGCCGGCGGCGCCAAGAAACCCACCGUCUGGCGCUGCAAAAAGUGCAACUUCAAGCACGCCGACAGGGAGGUGGUUCGCGCCCACUACCGCUCUCACAAUGCCCCCUACAUGUGUGGCCACUGCGGCCAGGGAUCCAAGUGGAAGCAUGUCCUUCAGCGCCAUUGUCGUAUGAAGCACAACGGCAACGUGUCUGUGGUGGAGAACAGGGUGGAGACGGAGGGCGGGCCAGGUCAGCAGCAGGCGCAGACGCAGAAACAGCGGGCCUCCUCGGACGUCACCAUCUCCGUGGUCAACAAACAGGGAGGAAACGGCUCGGCGGGCGCCUCGUUCCGCUGCGACAUCUGCUCCUACACGUGCGCCAACAACGACGAGACGAUCUCGGCGCACAUGCAGCACCACACGCCGCAGCCCGGCGCCACAUUCAAGUGCAUCCUCUGCCCCUUCUACGUCUCAACCAAGAAGGCGCUCUCUGACCACAUGCUACUCCACGGCGUGACGUCACCGCAGCAGUUUGUGACGCAAAAGGGUCCCAAUUCGACCGGAUGCACCCCGUCGACACCCACCGCCCAGCAGUUCGAGCCGGUCGAUUUCAUCCAGGCGGGUCCAGCGGAGGCACAGAGCGCCAACAAGCCGUUCCGGUGCACGCAGUGUCCGUUCGCCACGGACCAGAAGAGCCAGUUCCAGUACCACCGGCAGUACCACGUACCGCGCGGCAUGCCGUACCGCUGUCCGGCCUGCUCGUACUCGGUGCAGCAGCGCAGCCACCUGAUCGCGCACGCCCGGCUGCACGGCCUGCAGCCGCGGCCAGGCGCCACUAGCGGCGACAAGCCCAAGCGGGCGCUGCUGAAGCCGGAGAGGAGCACGGUGGCCGGCCCCGUGCUGAGGGACGCCGACACUCGGCACAUGGACGAGGUGCCCCUCGUCUGGGUCUCCCGCGGCGGCAAGUUCUUCAAGAUGUUCAAGUGCCGCCAGUGUCCGCACGUCAACCUGCGUAAGAGCAACAUCCAGGACCACGAGAAGAUGCACACGGAUCGUGACCUGGCCGGGUACGCGCACCGCUGCACCAAGUGCAACUACGUGUGUAUCAACGCGGGCGUGCUGUCUGGCCACCUCAAGGUGCACACCUACUGGCUGGGCAAGAUCCACGCCGUGGUCGACAUGAAGCGCAGUGACGAGGAGCAGCUGCGCGAGAUCCUGGGCGAGGACGCCGCCAGCGACGUGGAGGUGGUGCUGGACAGGUCGCUGCCGGCGCCGGUGGCCACCUCCAGCGCCUCCAGCGGCCCGGCGGCGGCGGCUGCGGACACGGCGAGCGCGACCGACUCGCAGCGGAUCCUCUACUUCUGCCAGCACUGCCCAGCGCGCUUCUUCCACGAUAACGAGAUCAAGAUCCACUCUCGGUUCCACGGUAUGAACCUGCCGUUCACGUGUCAGAAGUGCAGCUACACGGCGCGCCAGCACCCGCACCUGCUGGCCCACUUGAAGGUGCACUCGGAAGAGUACCGUGACCGGACCCGCUCCCUGCUGCUCAUCUACACCAGCUCCCCGGACCACCCGCCGCGCGGCGCCGCCCCGGCUCAGCCGCCCGCCCCGCCGGCAUCACAGGCGACCCCCUCGCCCAAGAGGACCACCCCGUCCCCGGCGCCGGGGACAGCGUCCUCCCCUGCGACUGUGAUGGCGGCCGCCGGCCAGCCGGACGUCCCGGCGCCCUCGGCCAGUCCGUACCAGCCGGCGGCCGGUGCCGACACCGCGCCAGCCGCCGGGACGGAGCCCGAGACUACUCCCACCGCCGGGGCUGAGUCCUCCCCCUCCCGGGCCUCGCCGACACCCAAAACGGCGUGGAAGGUGAAACGGUUCACGUGCAGCCAGUGUCCGGCGCGGUUUGUGAAAGAGGCCACGCUGCGCUACCACAUCUCGCUGCACGGCAGUAACGGGCCGUUCCGCUGCGACCGCUGCAACUAUGCCGUGAAGACGUACGGCAACCUGGUACAACAUCUGAACCUGCACACCGAGUCCGACCUGGCCGGCGACACCAGCAGCCGGCGCUCCUCGCCAGACGCCGACGUGGGUCGCUUCAGGGCCUCCGCCAACGACUUCCCCAUGUCCGGCGUGGACCUGCUGAAGCGCAAGCUGGACUUCGAGAAGGAGCACCUGGGCGAGCUGAACGAGAAUAACCUUCCGUCACGCAAGGUGAUGCGUUUCGCGCCGCCCAGCAUGGACCCCACCAGCCCGUACUACGCUGAACGGGCCGGGAACCCCGACUUCGCCUACCCGACUGUACUUGACCGGUACGGCCGGGAGCGCGAGAAACGCUACAAGUGCCGCCGCUGUCCGUCCGCCUUCGAGAAGCGCGAGCAGUACAUCAAGCACAUCAACCUGCACGGCGUGCAGAACCGCUACACCUGCUCCAUCUGCGACUACUCUGUGAAAUACUACCCCAACUUCUGUAACCACAUGAAGCGGCAUGGUAUCCGGCCGCCGCCGAUGGACGAGGCGGCCAGCGCCACCGUCUCCGGCCAGGACUCGGGCUCCAACUCGCCGCGGCCUGGCGGAGCAGGGGACGAGUCACCGCGGCCGGCCGGCGGCAGGGGGGCCGCCUUCACGGGCGCGCCGGAGCUGACCACGGCUGAGAGGCAGCAGCUGGUGCUGCAGCGCGUCAGGGAGGAACAAGACGCCCUCAAGGAGGACUCUGAGCCGCCGCGCAAGGUGCACUGGUGUGAGCUGUGUCCGUACGCCAACGUACGGCGCGACACGACCGAGAACCAUCGGUGGCGUCACCUGUUCUACGGCGGCCCGCGCGGGCCCAUCAGCUGCGGCUACUGCGACUUCUCCGCACAGCAGAGCCACCUGAUGCGCGACCACUACAAGGUCCACUUCCGACCCUGCAAGUACAUCAAGGUGGAGUCGUACACGGAGCUCGUCAAGCUGGAGGUGUUCAUGAAGGAGGUCAACGUGCAGGAGGAGGACGCCGAGAUUCUGGAGGACGCCUGUGAGGACGUGGACGUCUCCACGCACGACGUGUUGUUCGCCGCCUCCGACUGGGACGAGACGCGACCGGAGCCGGAGCUGACACCCGGCGAGCCGCCCGUGCUCGUGGACGUCUUCACCGGAGACUUUGUCAGCGAGAAACGCGCCGAGAACGGCGAGACGGCGGACCGGCCGGAGGACGAGCCCGACCAGAAGAGGGUGAAGCUGGAGAGUAAGGAGAAGGAGGCGUCACCGGACCAGGAGGCGGCGGCGCGCGGAGACGCCGAGGAUGUGGCGGUGAAGGACGAGGAGACCAGUGAGGACACUGAUGCAGACAAGGAUGACGACGUGGCAGUGAAUGCCACAGAAGAGGCCGUAGAGGAUGCAGCAGGGGGUGCCGACGCCGGCGACUCGGCAGGGGUGGCUGAGGAUGGUGACGGUGCUGAUGUCAAAAUGGAGGUGGAGGGAGACGAAGACGCCGCCGCCGCCGCUGAGGACAGCCUGGCCGCGGAGACGGCCGAGGUCGGCGAGGAGGCGGGAGAGGACCGGGAGGAGGAUACCCAGGCGGAGGAGGAGGACAUACCGCAGGAGCCGCUGGAGGACCCCCUGGCGGCCGACUAGCUGCCCGCGGCGGCGUCGGUCCCCGGCCGGCCGCAGCUCCGGCGGCGGUGUGUCGGUGCUGCUGAGCCGUUGCCGGGGCUGCUGGGAGGUGAGAGACCGCCAGACAGUCCCCAGUCGGUGCCAGUGAGGGGAAGGGAGCGCACGGCGGCCCCCAGCCGGCGUCAGUGAGGGGUGGAGAGCUCAGGGUACAGUCUCUGCUGAGGGACCGCGCGGCGGCCCCCAGCCGGUGUCAGUGAGAGGAGCUCAGGGUACAGUCUCAGCUGAGGGACCGCGCGGCGGCCUCAGUGAGGGGUGGAGAGCUCAGGGUACAGUCCGUGCUGCUGAGGGACCCCGCGGCGGCAUCAGUGAGGGGUGGAGAGCUCAGGGUCCAGUCCGUGCUGCUGUGCUGGGCAGAGGACGGAUGGUGACGCCAGUGUUGGACCGUUUGGACUGACCACAGACCCGGUCCGAGACGAACCCCCGUGGGGAGCGAGCUCCGGGACUCCGGUGACGGGACUGGGCCGUUCUCCAUCCUGUGAUCCACACUGUGUGUGAAGGGCGUUAUGUUUGAUGACGUAUGCGUGGACCGACGCGGACGAGUUCCAACGCUUACCAACUGUGCAAUGUAAAUAGGAGUGUGGUGUGAGCUGUUCAUAUCAAAAAGCCGCCGGACGUUUCUGCCGAGGCCGCUCCUCGGCCAACCACCGUCCACUGUUCCUAUGGGCGCCCCGGAGGGGUCAGGGCGGGGCCGCCCCCGGUCCGCCCCGCCGGCCUGCUGUGAUAUGUAAUCAGCUGACGGCACGCGCAGUCAGCUGACCACGGCCGUCAGCUGAGCCUGCCGAAAAGUGUACCGUGUCCAGACCAAAGAGCGCGGCCCGCGCGAGUGACGGCUGUACGUUUUGGAGCGUGGGCCGGCCUGACUCAGCUAUACGUGUCGAUCGCGCGCUAAAUAUACACCCCCAGUGACGUGGC